AUAGCUGUUUGGCUGGUGUCAGUGAUGUGCGUCAUUGCCUCCGUGCAAGGUGCACCGGACAACCGCGGAACAGAGUUUAUCAUCGGGUAUAUGGAAAACAUUGCUGUUUCUAUGAAUGUCGAGCUCUUCGUCACAACAAUGCGAACCACUACUGUAAAUGUUCAGGUGACUGCUCCAAGAUACAGUGCCGCUGGGAUCAAUGAAGCCUUCUCGGUGACAGCCGGAACUGUUAAACAAAUGUUCUUUAGCCCGUCUAUACGUCUCGCCGGAAACGAGAUGAGUUCCAAAGCGGUCUGGAUCACUGCCGAUGAUGAGGUCGUUAUAUACGGCGUCAACAAGGAGACCUACUCUUGUGACGCCUUCCUUGGACUUCCGACUGAUGUAUUAGGAACUGAGUACUACGCCAUCACAUAUUACCCUCCUUCCAGACAGUGUGAGCUGUUGAUUGUUGGUGUGAACGACAGCACCACGGUAAACAUCAAAGUCGGAGACGCCAUUGGAAGUCGGUAUAUUACGUGGGGUGGAACAAACUACUACAGAGGCAAUACACUGACCGUCACAAUGAACAGAUUCGACACAUUUCAAUUAGUAACAUAUGGUGAUCUUUCCGGAACAUACAUAACUUCAAGUAAAGCGGUGUCUGUCUUUAGUGGAAACAUGAAAACAAACAUCGGUAGCGGAGGCAGUUCUGAUCAUUUGGUGGAACAUCUUACAGAUGUUGACACUUGGGGUAAACGUUUUGUAACCGUUCCCAUCCCGAAGAGGACAGUUGGCGAUUAUUUCAAGUUCAUAGCCAGUGAGAGCAGCACUAGUGUUACCAUUAGUGGGGGUUACUCCUCUUCUUUCACACUCAGCAGUCCGGGAACUGUUGUUCAGAAGACAAUUUCCUCCAGUUCAUAUUGUCUUGUGGUAUCAGACAAACCAAUUUUAGUUGUACAGUUCUGUCUUAGUCAACAGUCAUCCAACGAAGAGUCUGACCCUAUGAUGAUGAUCAUUCCACCAGUGGAACAGUACGGAGCCGAUUAUACCUUCGCCACACCAAAGUACUCCCUGGGGUCAUACAGCAACUACUUCAUGUUUAUCGUAAAGGAAUCUGAGAAAUCGGGACUGAGAGUCGAUGGUAAUGCAUUCCCUUCUAACACUAGAUACAACACAAUAAGUGGUACCGACUAUGUUGGAGGUUACAUCAGCGUGUCCGAGGGGUCCCACACGGUACGUCACACAUCUCCCAUCUCUGUCUUCGGCGGAUACCUAUACGGCCAGGCAAGAUACGAGACCUACGGAUUCACUACAGGAAUGCGAAUGGCUGGAAUCAACACGGUGUGUGUGCCGACCAGUACAGUGGUGGGAGACGGUAUUGACAAUGACUGUGAUGGUCUGAUUGAUGAAGAGCUAUGCACUACAGAGAAUCAGGGAAGGGAUGACGAUGGCGAUGGGCAAGCAGAAGAAGAUUGCGCUACUCCUCCGCCAAUUGAUGGCGUAUGGGCAUCAUGGGGAUCAUGGGCCACUUGUUCAGUGUCCUGCAGGUCAUCCACAGGGGGCGCUACCAGUGGUACAUCUACCAGAACGAGGCUGUGUAAUGAUCCAGCACCAAAGUAUGACGGAAAACAAUGUUCUGGUACUGGAACACUGAGCCAAUCAUGUACUCCGUCCAACUACUGUCCAGUGCACGGUGGAUACUCUAGCUGGGGAAGUUGGGGAGGAUGUUCUGUGACUUGUGCCAGCGGAGCGCAAACCAGAACUCGCUCUUGCAACAAUCCAACACCUCAACAUGGCGGAAACAGUUGUUCCGGUAGCAGCUCAGAAACUAAAAGCUGUACAAGGAGCGCAUGCCCAAUUGAUGGAGAGUGGGGAUCCUGGAGUAGCUACACAUCCUGUUCCCUGACAUGCAAAGAUUACGGAACGUCCCAGACUGGAACAAAGAGUCGUUCCCGUUCCUGUGACCAGCCAGCCCCACAGCAUAAUGGCGCUAACUGCCCAGGCUCAUCAUCUUCUUCUGCCUCUUGCACCACUUCUACGUAUUGUCCCAUUAAUGGUGGAUUCACUAGUUGGACCACAUGGAGUUCUUGUUCGGUCACUUGUGCUACUGGAACACAACAGCGAAGCCGUUCUUGCACAAGUCCAGCACCCCAGUUUGGCGGGACAAGCUGUUCCGGAGCUACCAGUGGUUCACAGGGAUGUACACUAUCACCAUGUCCAAUUGAUGGCGCCUGGACAAGUUGGGGAAGUUGGAGCUCAUGCACUGUCACGUGCGGUGGUGGUUCUUCGACUAGGACACGCGCAUGUACAAAUCCCUCCCCUAGAUAUGGCGGUGCUAACUGUCCCAAUUCAGGGACUGAGACGAAGGAUUGCAACACACAAUCCUGUAUUAUUGAUGGAGAGUGGGGAACAUGGGGAAGCUGGAGUUUGUGUACUUUGACCUGUGGUGGUGGGAAACAAUCUCGUUCAAGACAGUGUGACGAUCCGCGUCCUGCCAACGGUGGUCUUCCUUGCUCUGGUGACUCUGCCGAUCUAGGAGACUGCAAUGUAAAUUCGUGCCCAGCUCCAGCUGCCGGUGUUUAUCAGCAGCUCUGUCCAAACGGGUGGUUUACUUGCGAGUCUGGGGCAAUGAAGUGUAUCAACAGGGAGUUCCAAUGCGAUUGCGCGAAUGACUGUGACGACGGAAGUGACGAAACAUCAGGUUAUGCCGGUUGUAGCGCCGCCCUGUUGUCGUCAUGUGAGAGUGGAGCUGAGGAUAUCGUGGCUGUAGUGCUGUUGGCCCUGGUAUGCUCGUUUGCCCCAAGUAUUGAAGGGGCUCCCGACAAUCGUGGCACAGAGUUCAUUAUCGGAUACAUGGAAAACAUCGCCGAGUCCAUCAAUGUCGAACUCUUUGUUACAACCAUGAGAACAACGACAGUAAAUGUCAAGGUAACAGCUCCAAGGUACAGUGCAGCCGGAAUUAACUCCGCCUUCUCCGUCACGGCUGGAACUGUCAAACAGCUGUUCUUUCAUCCCCGUAUUCGUAUGAAAGGUAAUGAGAAGAGUUCAAAAGCCGUCCUUAUCACCGCUGAUGACGAAGUCGUUAUAUACGGCGUUAACAAGGAGACCUACUCUUGUGACGCCUUCCUUGGACUUCCGACUGAUGUACUAGGAACUGAAUACUAUGCCGUUACCUAUUACCCUCCGUCCAGGCAGUGUGAGCUGAUGGUUGUUGGUGUGAAUGACAGCACGUCAGUAAGUAUCACACCGGGUGACGCCAUUGGCAGUCGAUACAUUUCAUAUGGAGGCCGGAACUACUACAAGGGAAACACUCUUACCCUUACAAUGAAUAGGUUCGAUACACUACAGCUUGUCACAUAUGGCGAUCUUACGGGAGCUUACAUUGAAUCAUCAAAACCGGUCUCCGUGUUCAGCGGGAACAGGAAAACAAAUAUCGGAAGAGGGGGAAGUUCUGAUCACUUGGUUGAACAUCUUACUCCAGUUGCUACCUGGGGAAAGCGUUUUGUGACUGUUCCUGUCCCUAAAAGAUCAGUUGGGGACUACUUUAAGUUUAUUGCCAGUGAAAGUAGCACGAGAGUCACGAUAAGUGGAGGUUAUUCUAACUCUUUCACACUAAGCAAAGCUGGAUCGAUGGUGCAAAAGACAAUUUCUUCCAGAGCUUAUUGUCUUGUGGUAUCUGAUAAACCAAUUUUAGUUGUACAGUUCUGUCUGAGUCAACAGUCUUCAAGCGAAAAAUCUGACCCUAUGAUGAUGAUUAUUCCACCAGUGGAACAGUACGGAGCCGACUAUACAUUCACCACACCAAAGUACUCCCUUGGGUCAUACAGCAACUACUUCAUGUUCAUCAUAAAGGAAUCUGAGAAAUCUGGACUGAGAGUCGAUGGUAGUGCAUUCCCCUCCAACACUGUAUACAACAGAAUCAGCGGUACCGACUAUGUUGGGGGUUACAUCAGCGUCUCCGAGGGUUCCCACACUGUACGUCACACAUCUCCCAUCUCUAUCUUCGGAGGAUACCUGUACGGCCAGGCAAACUACGAGACCUAUGGAUUUACUACCGGCAUGCGUAUGGCCGGAAUCAACACGAUAUGCGUACCGUCAACAACAGUGGUAGGGGACGGUGUUGACAAUGAUUGCGAUGGCCUGAUCGAUGAGGAGUUGUGUACUACAGAGAAUCAACGUAGAGAUGAUGACGGCGACGGAAGAGUUGAAGAGGAUUGUGCAACACCUCCUCCAAUUGAUGGCGCAUGGGCAUCAUGGGGGUCGUGGGCGACAUGUUCGGUAUCGUGUAGGUCGGCUACAGGUGGUGCUACCAGUGGUACAACUACCAGAACGAGGCUGUGUAAUGACCCAGCUCCAAAGUAUGACGGAAAACAAUGUUCUGGUACUGGAACACUGAGCAAAUCAUGUACUCCGUCCAACUACUGUCCAGUGCAUGGCGGGUACUCUAGCUGGGGAAGCUGGGGAGGGUGUUCUGUCACUUGUGCCAGCGGGACCCAAACCAGAACUCGCUCGUGUAACAGUCCAACACCCCAACAUGGCGGAAACAGCUGUUCCGGUAGCAGCUCAGACACAAAGAGUUGUACACAGAGCGCAUGUCCGAUUGAUGGGAACUGGGCGAACUGGGGUUCAUGGACAUCUUGUACCAGAACAUGUGGAGGUGGAACAAAAAGUCGAACAAGGUCAUGUAGCAAUCCGGCUAGAGCCCAUGGCGGGAGAGAUUGUGCAGGAAGCGGAAGCGACGCCACAUCUUGCAAUACACAGAGCUGCGCAGUUCACGGUCAGUGGUCUAGUUGGGGAGGCUAUGGAUCAUGUUCAAGGACAUGUGGAGGUGGCCAGAAAAACCGGUACCGUACAUGUACUAACCCAGCUCCCGCCCAUGGUGGAAAUGACUGUCCCAACUCCAACCAGGACAGCGCUUCCUGCAACAGCAAUGCUUGUCCAAUUGAUGGUGGAUGGUCAAACUGGGGAAAUUAUGCUUCUUGCUCGGUGACCUGCGGAGGAGGAGUUAGAUAUAGGACAAGAUCAUGUUCAAACCCAUCCCCACAGUAUGGAGGGGCGUCCUGUGGAAGCGCCGAUACCAGCAGUUCGACCUGUAACACUCAUAACUGUCCAAUUGAUGGUGAGUGGUCAAGUUGGGGAAAUUAUGCUUCUUGCUCUGUGACCUGUGGAGGAGGAGUCAAAUAUAGAACACGAUCGUGUUCAAACCCUAGCCCACAGUAUGGAGGUGCUUCCUGUGGUAGCGCCGAUACCACCAGUACUACAUGUAACACCCACCACUGUCCUAUUGAUGGAGUGUGGGGGUCUUGGGGAAGCUACACAUCAUGCUCACUGACUUGUAAGGAUUACGGAACCUCCCAGACUGGAACUAAGAGCCGGACUCGUUCCUGUAACAAUCCUCCCCCACAGUACAAUGGCGCUGCCUGUCCUAAUUCUGACACUUCCAUAGCGACUUGCACAACGUCGACAUAUUGCGCUAUUCAUGGUGGAUUUACGUCAUGGACAACGUGGAGCACGUGUUCUGUGACGUGUGCUUCCGGAAUACAGGAGAGAAGUAGAACCUGCACAAGCCCAGCGCCCCGAUUUGGCGGGAGUCAAUGUUCUGGAGAUUUCGAUCAGACGAAAGGAUGCACACUUUCUCCCUGCCCCAUUGACGGUGAGUGGACAAGUUGGUCAAGCUGGGGUACAUGUACUGUAACCUGUGGUGGCGGAAUCUCGACUAGGACUCGUACCUGUACCAAUCCUCCCCCACAGUAUAACGGGGCCGAUUGUCCAGGCGCAAACUCAGACACCAUGGACUGUAACACACAAGUCUGCAUCAUUGACGGAGCGUGGGGCGCCUGGAACAGCUGGAGUAUGUGUACUGUGACCUGCGGUGGCGGGAAACGGUCACGAACAAGGGUUUGUGAUGAUCCAAUGCCUGCCAAUGGAGGUCUCCCCUGUAGCGGGGAUUCCUCUAUAUUAGGCGAUUGUAACGUCAGGUCCUGUCCAGUUGCAGCUGCUGGUGUUUACCAACAGCUCUGUCCGAACGGCUGGUUCACCUGUGAGUCUGGAUCAAUGAAGUGUAUCGCAAAACAGUUUCAAUGCGAUUGCGCGAAUGACUGUGAUGACGGAAGUGACGAAACAUCCGGUUAUGGUGGAUGUAGCGCCGCCCUACUGGCGUCCUGUCAGAGUGGCGCGGAGGGUCUUGCGAAGACUGGAACUAUGGCGGUUCUGCUAGGUGUGAUGACGUCACUCAUGGUCCUGUUCAAUCGUUACAUUUAGAAAUGUAUCUAUUAUUUAUAUUUGACUUGCUACCCUAAUCUUAUGUGAAUAAGAAUAUAAUCAUUUUAGAAUGAUUAUUUUGUUAAAUGAUGUUAGCGUAAUAUAUUAUUAAUUACAAUUUAAUGAUGCAUUGUUUGUUUAGUUAUUUUCAAUAAAUUUGAGAAAAUAUACAUUAUUUGUAAAAUUAAGUAUUCAAAAACGGUCAGUAAUCACAAUAAACUACACUAUGUAUUGUACAUUAAUAAAUUUAUACUUCUGAAGCAAAAUAAAUAAUUUCUCUUAAUAUCAUUUGAAAGCAUUUACGUUAUAAAUGUGUCCUUAUGUCCAUGUCAUUAUUAUCCAAUUGUUUAAUAUUCAUUGAUCAUCAUAAUACCAUAUUGUACAAACUUGUGUAUUUGAAAAAAUAUCGUUGUAUUCCUUUUGUGCCAAACGUGUACAGUUAUCAACCUUUUUCGGUUAUUUCUAUUGUUUCAUAUCUCUGACAAUUACAUGUUAUAUAGAACUUUUCUUUCGUAAAACAUGAAAAUUGAUUUUCAUAAGUAGGUGCAUAGCUAGAUUGGGUUUUGAAACACAAAAACUUGUUUGUUACAUCCAUCUGUAUAUUAAUAUGUGUGAGUGAAUUGCUAGAGCUAUACUCCUUUUUCAGACAUCUUACAUCAUCUGUAUAGUGUUUGACCCUGUGUUUUAUAAUAAAAAGGAAGUUAUUCCAAGUUUGAUUGUU